GCAUUACAUGUUACUCUGCUUGGUGGUGAGUGGGGUUCAUCUGCUGGUGGGUUGUCAACCAUAAACAGAGAGCUUGCUAUUCACCUUUCCAAUUAUUCAGCAAUGAAGGUUUCUUUACUAGUCCCAGAGGGAGCUUGCAACACUGAAGAAGUAAGAGAAGCAGAUGGCUAUGGAAUCACUAUUGUUGAGGCGAAAAAACGUGCAGCAUAUGAUCAUCUUGAUUGGUUGAGCAUCCCACCCCAGGACCACUCCAUGGACAUUGUUGUUGGUCAUGGUGUUAAACUUGGUCGGCAAGUACAAUUCAUUAGAGGUUCUGCUCAAUUUCCAAAUUGUAAGUGGGUACAAGUGGUUCACACUGCUCCAGAGGACCUGAGCAGAUACAAAUGCUACAGUGACCCCAUUUCAAAAGGUGAAACAAAACACGAAUCAGAAGUUGAGCUUUGCAAACUUGCUGAUCUUAUUGUGCCUGUGGGACCCAGACUAAAAGAAGCAUACUCUUCAUAUUUACAGCGAUGCAAGACAGAUCAAGACCUUUUGUCCAUUACUCCAGGCCUUUUUCAAAGGGAGUUUGGGGAUUUAGUGGCAAAACAUUAUCCUAAUGAAGAUGGUGAAUUUAAAGUGUUGUUAUUUGGUCGCGGGGAUGAUGAGGACUUUGAACUCAAAGGAUACAACAUUGCUGCUCAAGCAUUUACUGAUCAAUGGUUGAAAAACAAACCAUAUCAUCUAAUCUUUGUUGGAGCACCUGAAGGAAAGCAAGAAGAAGUUAGAAAAAAACUUGUUCAGAGUGGUAUUAUGGAAGCGCAGUUGACUGUUAGAAAAUUUAUACAAAGUAGAGAGAGACUGAAAGACUUGCUGUGCGAAGCUGACCUUGCCAUAAUGCCAUCAAAAUCAGAGGGAUUUGGUCUUGUUGCACUUGAGGCCUUGUCUGCGGGACUACCCAUUCUUGUAGGCAGUAGGUCAGGAUUUGCCAAAGCAUUAGAGAAUGUCCUUUAUGGUAAUACAUGCACUGUGAAUUCAGAUGAUCCUGCAGAAUGGGCAAAAGCAAUAGCAGCUGUUCGUAUCAGGCAUGGAAUGAGGCUUCAAGAGAUAAAAUUACUGAGAACAUUUUAUGGGGAGAUGUACAGUUGGAAGGAGCAAUGUGAUGCCCUUGUGAACAGAAUGCAGAGAAUGGGUCAUGGUAAGAGU